UUUUCUUUAUCUGAUAGAAUGUACUUACAGAUUAGUGCCAUUGAAAUCUCGUCAAAAUCGGUUUAGUGGUUUAGUUUUUAAAUCAUAACAGUUUUUGGAGUCUUUUUAUUUUUGCGGAACACAAUCUUAUCUGUUUGUAUGCCACUUAUGUUUGUGUACCUACUGUAUCUUGCGUACCUACUUAAUCUAAUCAACUAUGUCGGCGAACCAUUCCACCACGCUGUGCACAUUAUUUAUGGCACAUGUUAACCAAUACACCUUUAUGAACGCGAGACAGCGCUCGCAGCAGUGGGUGAGGAAGGACCUUCAUGUGACAUUGUUGCUAUUCUUUAGUAAUUUCUUAGGUAUGGGAGUGUGAGUGACAUUCAGUCGGCGAACAUGAGCGGUUCGGGCGCAGCAGAUGCGGAGCUGGUAGUGCACGAGGUGCCGGUGGGCGUUGUGGACGAGCUGAGCAGUCCACAAUACGACGCGCUCGUGGUGGUGUCCACGCUCGACGUCGCGCCGCCGCACGCGCUCCGCGACUUCAUCGCCGCCGCGCAGCAGCUUGACGACACACUCGUGCAGGGUUCGACGCCGGCGCUGCUGCAGUGCCCGGCCGUGGCCGGCGGUCGCCUCGUGUUGGCGCCCACCGGUCCGCUUACCGCCUACGACGACGUCCGGUCGGUGUACGAGGCGGCGCGCGGCGGCGUGCGGCGCGCGGCGGCGGCGGGCGCGCGGCGGCCGGCGCUGGCGCUGGCGCCGCACCCGCGCUGGCCGCGCGCGCCGCUCGUCGCGCUGCUCGGCGCGCUCGAGGCGCUCUACGUGCCGUUGCAGAUCCGCGAGUCGUUCCCGGAGCGGGCCGUGAAGCUGAAGCGAUUCGGCGUGUACGGCGAGGACAAGCGCGUGCCGCUGCGGCCGCUCGUCGCGGAGGCCGUCGCGCUCGAGGUGGCCAGGGGCGUGGCGCGCGACGUGGGCGGCGCGGACCCGGAGCGCAUGACGCCGGCGGCGGCGGCGCGCCUGCUGCGCGAGCGGCUGGCCGGCGGCGCCGUGCGCCUGCGCGUGCUCGACGACACCGCCGCGCUGCGCCGCGACUACCCGCUGUUCGCCGCCGUCAGCCGCGCCGCGGACUCCGUCGAGCGACACCGAGGUUGCAUUAUAUUUUUGGAAUAUGAGCCGAAAAAUUACGAGAACACGGUGAUGCUGGUCGGCAAGGGCGUGACGUACGACACGGGUGGCGCCGACAUCAAGACUGGCGGCGCGAUGGCCGGCAUGUCGGGGGACAAGGGAGGCGCCGCCGCCGUCGCCGGUUUCCUCAAGGCGUGCGACCUGCUGCGGCCACCGAUCAAGGUGGUGGCGGCGCUCGCGAUGGUCCGCAACUCGGUCGGCGAGGAGGCGUACGUGGCGGACGAGCUGCUCCGCAGCCGCUCGGGGCUGGCGGUGCGCGUGGGCAACACGGACGCCGAGGGCCGCCUGGCCAUGGCCGACCUGCUGGCGGAGAUGCGCGAGCGCGCCGCCGCCGAGCGUGCGCCGCACGUGUACACCGUGGCCACGCUCACCGGCCACGCGCACCGCGCCUACGGCGACGGCUACACGGCCGCGCUCGACAACCACGCGGCCGCCGCGCGCCAGCACGCCGCCAGGCUACGCGCCGCCGCCGAGUCGCUGGGCGACGCGGUCGAGGUGUCCACGCUGCGCCGCGAGGACCUGGCCGCGCACCGCGGCCGCGCCGCCGGCGACCAGCUGCACCAGGCCGACAACCGGCCGUCCGUGGCCACGCCGCGCGGCCACCAGGCGCCCGCCGCCUUCCUGCUGCUGGCGGCGGGGCUCGACGGCGGCGACGUGCCCUACACGCACCUGGACGUGGCGGCGAGCGCCGGCAUGCUGCCCGCGCCGCCCACGGCCGCGCCGCUGCUGGCGCUCGCCGCGCUCUACGGCCUCGUGCGCAGCUGCUGACCGAGCUUCCGUCCGGGAUUCCAACAUGCCCCGAGCACGAUGUGACGAAAUCGUGAAGUUAAAGGUGUUGUCCCGUGCAUAAAUUUUUACAUACCUCGAAGCGUACGAAAGUCGCAAUUAUACUUAAUAAAACGCGAAGUACACGUCUGUCAUAAUAAAUUAUACACGAUGAUUAAUCGUAUUGUACGAUAUUUUUAUAUAUUUUUUUACAAAACGUGUGUAUAUAAUUAAUGUAAUAAGUAAAUCUAAUCACAAAAUGGUCAUUCCUAAAAACACAUUAUUUUAUCAAUUUUUAAUUUCUAUAUGUGCUAUUUUUCUAUUAGAUGUAUAAAAAAAUAUUGUUUAAAUGUUAUUAAAAGUACUAAAUAUUUUGCUAAAACCAGCGCAGACGAGACGAUAAUUCUUGGCGUAUUUUAUCAUUUGAAAUGGCAUUGCACGACGCCUGGUUCGGUCCGUGGCAAGUCCUCGGCGAGUAAAGCGAGGAACAUUCUCCUCCACGUGCAUGUCUCUCGUCCGUGCAGGCCGUUAUACAUCUUUUAUUAAUUCUCUCUAAGCAUUAUUGUUAAUCUGACUGUAAUUCCACAUUUGUUGUUUACAAAAAGUUUAUCGAUAACUAUUGGGAAAUAAAUAAUUUCGGGAAGGAAAAUAAAUUGAACUUUGUUUCAAA